GGAGGAUAACGUCGAAUUCUCCCCCGAUGCCUCCACCCACUUUUCAAGCAGAACUCCAGACAGACAGCAAAGCAGACAGUCUGGAGUGGAGCAAAGAGUUGGAACACACUAAACAGGUUUUUGCGACAAUGUGACAAAUAUUCCAAGCAGAAAUUUUUUUUUUUACAAAAAUUCAUCCACCGAACCUUCCUGGACUGCAUUCACCACACUGAGUUGUGUUUGGCAACCAUGUUGUCGAGUCGGCUCCUAUUGGCGGUGCUCCUUAGCACCCAGGCCGCCUUCGGCUUCUCGGUGGCCGGCCAACCGCAGCAGCCGCCGCAGCCGCCGGAGAGCACCUGCGAGGCCAACGGGAGCGUCUACUACUUGGGGGAGUGGUACUUCCUGGACUCGGACCACUGUACCCAGUGCGAGUGCACCGCCGAGGGCUCGGCCUGUGCCCGCACCGAGUGCACCAGCCUGCCGGCCGGCUGCAUCCACGUGAGCCACUACCCCAGCGACUGCUGUCCCCGCUGCGAGAGAAUCGGCUGCGAGUACCGGGGGGUGGUCUACGAACUGGGGCACAACUUUCAGCCAACCGAAUGCGAGCAGUGCACGUGCGACAGGGACGGCAUCGCCCGCUGUCUGGUGGCCGACUGCGCGCCCCCACCUUGCGUCAACCCCGUGUACCAGCCUGGCAAGUGCUGCCCCGAGUGCCAGGAGGGUCCAAACUGCUAUGUGGACUCGUCCCGUAGCUGGGUGAUUCCCGCCGGCGAGCCCGUCUGGGUGGACCCCUGCACCAAGUGCCGUUGCCACGACGGCCAGGACGCCGGCUACUGGGAGGGCAAUCGCCUGGCCACAUGCUCCCGCCUCAAGAACUGCACGCCCGAGCAGUCCCAGACACAAAACCGAUCUCACACGUCAUCCAUCUUCACCUAAACGCCAAAGACUUUUGUGUGUGCGUGUGCAAAAUGUCGUGCAACACUUAAUAGUUAGACAGUUUAGAGGUCAAAAUAAGUCCUGUAAAGGUUCUAUAAUGUUUUAAUUUCAUUUAAAAAUUUCACCCAAAAGCUCAAUAUCCUGCAUAUCUUCAAUACUGGCAUUGAUGCCAAAUUGAACUAGAAAAGCACUGAAUAGUGCAAGUUCAUAAAACACCAUCCUGUUUGUUAUUUAGCAGGCCCGUCGACUUCCUAGAGUGUGACCAGACAGCCGACACCAUUAUCAUCAGUGGGGGUGGACUGUACCAUUCACAAAAACUAAUGUAUUCCAGUAAUUGUUGAAGGAGUUGAAUUAAGUUUACAUGAAAAGUGUAUCGGCGGCACGGUGAACGACUGGUUAGAGCGUCUGCCUCACAGUUCUGAGGACCGGGGUUCAAUCCCCAGCCUCACCUGUGUGGAGUUUGCAUGUUCUCCCCGUGUUUGCGUGGGUUUUCUCCGGGCACUCCGGUUUCCUCCCACAUCCCAAACACAUGCGUGGUAGGUUAAUUGAAGACUAAAUUGUCCUUAGGUGUGAAUGUGAGUGCGGAUGUGCCCUGCGAUUGGCUGGCGACCAGUUUAGGUUGUACCCCGCCUCCUGCCCGAUGACAGCUGGGAUAGGCUCCGGCACUGCCGCGACCCUUGUGAGGAGAAGCGGCUCAGAAAAUGGAUGAAUGGAUGGAUGGAAAGCGUAGCGUGGCAUUGAAACGACGAUCGGACGAUAAGGACGCGUAAUUGACCUGACACGGGUCGCCGCUGUGAUGCAAUUUCGAUUUAGCUAAUUGUCUCGCAAAGCAAUAAAUAUCAGUUUGAAGCCGUCCUUAGUGCGUGUGGUGACCUCAAGAUGAAUUGAUUGGACUGACUGAAAGGCUCCUACAGUGCGAUACUGGAAUGAAUGUGCUACAAAAUAUUUUCUAUGACACCAUAAGGCCGAACAAUCCACAUUCGGAUGUGAACAUAAUAUUGUGUUGGAACACUGAGUAACUAAAAAAAAAAAUAUAUAUAUAUAAAAUAAAAUCUGCGAAAUCAAAAUAUGUUAUAAAACAAAAUAAGACGACAAUGGUAACAUAAUUGCAAAAAUAGUCCUAGUUCCACUUAAUUAUCAAGCAUGACCAAGAAUGGAAAAAAAAUGAAUAUAGAGUAAGAAAAAGUUGAAAAAGAAAUAAUUAAGUAAAUAAUAAAUAAAGAUUAAAUAAUUUAAGUAACGCCAAAUAAAAAAGUAGAAUAUUAAGAGUAAAAUGACACGACUUUUGGACCAAGCACUAAUUGCUAAACAAAUUAAUUUAUAAUAAAUAAAUAAAAUAGAAAAAUGCUAAUAGUAAAACAGUCAUAAAAUUUUUUACCAAAAGUGAAAAAAAUUUCAAUCAUUACAAUAAAUAUUUAGAAAUGCCAAAGAUUUGAAAUACAAUACAUUUAAAUACAUUAAAUGCAUUAAUUAUGUCAAACAGGUAGUACUUGAAAAACAAAACAAAAUACCACUAAAUGACUCAACUUAAUCUGAAAACGCUGAAUUGUAAAUAUAUAUGACUAAUAUAAAUAUUAAAUUUGAUGGAAUAUAUUUAAUUUACACAUUCAUGUAAUAUAGAUAAUACAUAAAUAGUUUAACAGUUAUUCAAAAAAAGAGUAAACAAAAGUGGAAAAUAAUCAGUUUGUCAAAAUCAAAAUAAAACAGUCAAAAUAUGAAAUAUUUAGAUUAAUAAAAAAAAAAGGUACAUACAGUACAUUGUUGUUUUUUAAAUCCUACCUCACAAUGAUGACAUUUCACACCUUUAGCGACAUCAUUACAUUGUGUGUGCAGCUUUAACGUGAUAAUAGGUCUACAUGUGCAUAAAAACAUUAUUUUCCGUCUGAUAUGCAAAAAUAAUAGUUCCGGUUGAAAGAUCCAGUUGCACUGAGUUGCUUUAGAGGGAAAGACCAACAACAAAUGACGAACUCUUCAAUCUUUAACCAACAGAUUUAUUGAUUGUAUAAAAAAAAUUGUUUUGAUAUGACAUAAUGCAUUCUAUAUAAGAUAACAUUUUCAACAUUCGAUGUACCAAAAAAAAAACCAAAGUGGCGCUUGGGUUUACAGAAACUAUUUUUGUAUUUGUCUUAAAAACACCUCACGGCCCUGAAAGUUCCGCACACGGGAAGUCCGUCUGUACUGAGGAAAAGAAAACAUGGAAGCACCUGAAGUGUGCUUGACCACGAGUACAGCUUCAAACAUCAAGCGAGCACUCAAGAGUCCAUUAGCAAACAUGGAGCACUUCCUGCGCCCGCGCGGCGGCUGAACGGAAAGGAAAUGAAUAGCGUUCCGAAAACCCGCCUUGGUGUAAACGCACACUGGGGGCUGCUCUCGUCUGCCCUUUUUCUCCCGUCGAAUCAAAUUAGGUCUGACUGAUGUCAUGCCGUAAGCCUGCUGAGAUCUGAGAUUUCAUACAAAAAACGUCCUGCAAUUAGUAUCAUCCAUUUUAUGAAAUGUAUUUCUCUUUUGCAUGGCUAUGAAAAAAAUAUACCCUACUCCUUAUCAGUGGUGGGAAUUAAUUAAGUACUUAAAUCCAUUUUAGGUCCAUGUUCUUUAAUUCAGUGUUUUUCGGAUGACUUUUUACAUGUACUCGCUCCAUGUGAAUACAUAUCUGUACUUACUCACCCUUACUAUGUCAAAAUAGGCGCAUUACUUUUUUCUGACCAUGGCGGAUGACCACAUGACUUAGAAAAGAUGUAAAUAGAGGUGAAGAAUGUAAACCUCAAUCUUGACAAGAUAUUCCAUCCAUGGCCUUACUUGAAAUCCAGAUUGAAAAAAAAUAAUGAGUUAAUAAAAGACGGAAACUAU